AAAUUUUCAAUAAUCAAAAAAAAAAAAAAAUCAUGUCUUCGAAACAAUUGACUGUUUUAUUUGUUGCUUUAGAUGGUUAUGGUCAUUUAAAUUCUUGUAUUGGUAUUGCACAAAAACUUGUACAACGUGGACAUCGUACGAUUUUUGCUUUAGAACAAGCAUGGCAUGGUGAAGCUAAACGAUUUGCCACCGGUAUCGAAGAAAUGUAUUAUGUUGAUCCAAAUCGUAAUCCAAAAUUUGGUCCAAAUGAACAUUGGAUCAAUUUUAUGGAUGGUAUGAAAUCAACGUUUGGUUUACCUCCAAUGGAAGCAUUGGAACAGAUCGAUCCCGAAUUGUACAAACAAUUUUUCGAUGCAAUGUUGAAUGUUGAUGAUGGAAUUAAAAAAAUAAUUGAUCAAUCAAAACCAGAUGUUAUUGUAGUUGAUAGCUAUACAACUAUACCGGCUGUUUAUAAAUCUGGUAUUCCAUGGGUAUGGUCAACAAGUGCUCAACCAUUAUCAUGUUUAUCACAUGAUGAUUUACCACCGAAUGGAACAGAUUUUCCAACCAAAGGUGAUCCUAAACAACGAGAAGAAUUUAGAAAAGCAUUCAUUGAUAAAUUGAUGGGAGUAUUGGUUCAUUUUAAUAAACGAAUAACAGAAGAAUUUGGAAUGAAACCAUCAGUGCAUGGUGUUCAUCAUCAAUCACCAUAUCUAAAUAUCUAUGCAUAUCCAAAAGAAAUGGAUUAUCUUG